CCUCGCAAUUACGACGGCACCUGAAGGCAGCAGCGGAGCCUGAAAGCGCACAAUAUAGAAGCUAUUUUUUUUUCCUUUCGGCCUGGCAUGAUACCGGCAGAUUUUUGAUAGAGUGGUGUUUUAUUGUCAACUUUAGGAAGCUCUAGCUGAGUUUUUCUUAUAUUUGUAUUGUUUGGAUGCGGUAAUGAGUGGCCCGGUGUCACACAUGGCUCCCCGGGCGGUCUGGCUCCUGGUCCUGCUGUCCGGUGUCCUGGAUGUGCGCCCCUGCUGGGCUUAUGACUGUCCGACCAUCUGCCACUGCACCGCCGACACGUUUCAGUGCAGCAGGGACACUCAGCUGGCCUCCCGGACAGCACAAACAACCGUCGUGCAAAGACUAAGACUCAUUCAUCUGCCCUUGAAAGUAGUUCCGACCCACGCCUUCAAGGAACUGAUCAACAUUACAAGAAUCGAGAUCUCCCAGAGCGAGUACAUCACACGUAUACAGAGACAUGCAUUCCUCUCCCUGCGCAGCCUGGCGGAAAUUUCUGUGCGGAAUUUCAACAGUCUGAGGGUGAUUGAAAAAGGUGCCUUCACUGAUCUGCCCGAGUUGCGACAUUUAAGCAUCUCGAACACAGGCAUGGUGCACUUUCCAGACUUCACAACUAUCUCCUCCAUGGCACCAACUAUUAUCCUAGAAAUAGAGGACAACAUGAUGAUUGACAUCAUCCCUGCCAAUUCCUUCCAGGGUAUCACUGAGGAGUAUGUUGACAUGAACCUGGCUAGAAACGGCUUCAAGGAAAUAAAAUCUCAUGCAUUCAAUGGAACCAAGCUCAAGACGCUAAUUUUGAGACACAACAGGUAUCUCAGUCACAUUGAAGACGAUGCUUUUGAAGGAGCCACAGGUCCGAGUUCUCUGGAUGUUUCCUCCACAGCUCUAAGCUCCCUCCCUCCUAAAGGCUUGCGGCAGGUGACGUCUCUGAAUGCCAGCUCUACCUUUGCUCUGAAAAGCCUCCCUCCACUGGAAAGCCUGGCUGAACUGCUGGUGGCUGAGCUCACAUACCCCAGCCACUGCUGCGCCUUCCACACAUGGCGUCGGAAACAAAGGGAAAGUGCCUUAAAGAACUUUACAAAGUUUUGUGAUCUCAGGGAAACAGAAAUAGAGCCCACUACAGAUGGCACAAACCUUCAGUAUCCAGACAUCAACUUUCAGUAUCCAGACUUGGAAUUUGAUUGUCUUAACAACCCCUUCGUCAAGUGCACACCGAAGCCAGAUGCUUUUAACCCUUGUGAGGACCUGCUGGGUUUUCCCUUCCUGCGCUGUCUCACCUGGAUGAUUACAGUCUUCGCUGUGAUCGGUAACCUGGCUGUUCUGGGCAUCCUGCUAAUUAGCCACCACAAGCUAACAAUCUCCAAAUUUCUAAUAUGUAACCUGGCUUUUGCUGAUCUGUGCAUGGGGCUCUAUCUGAUGCUAAUUGCUUUCAUGGAUUUCCACUCCCAACAAGAAUAUUACAACCACGCCACAGACUGGCAGACUGGGCCUGGAUGUGGCAUAGCGGGGUUUUUGACAGUGUUUGCCAGCGAGCUAUCAGUUUAUACACUGACUGUGAUUAGCCUUGAACGCUGGCACACCAUCACCAAUGCCAUGCAUGUCAACAAAAGGCUGCGGAUGCACCAUGUGACAGCCAUGAUGGGGGCAGGCUGGGGCUUCUCUCUGCUGGUUUCCCUGCUCCCUCUUGUGGGGGUCAGCAGUUACAGCAAAGUGAGCAUCUGUCUGCCCAUGGACAUUGACACGCUGGGGUCUCAGGUUUAUGUGGUGUCUUUGCUCGUUCUCAACGUUGCUGCUUUCCUGGUUGUUUGUUACUGUUACAUUUGCAUAUAUCUCAGUGUUCACAACCCAGAGCACUCCACCCGUCACGGAGACACCAAGAUCGCCAAACGCAUGGCUGUGCUCAUUUUCACAGACUUUUUAUGCAUGGCACCAAUCUCCUUCUUUGCCAUCUCUGCAGCCCUGCGUAUGCCCCUCAUAACUGUGUCUCACUCCAAAAUCCUGCUCAUCCUUUUCUAUCCCAUCAACUCCCUCUGCAACCCUUUCUUGUACACCAUCUUCACACGGGCUUUCAGGAAGGACGUUUGCCUGCUGCUCAGUCGCUGCGGCUGCUGCCACGCUCGCGCUGACUUCUAUAGAUCACAGACUCUGGCAUCACACCUGACCAGUACCCAAAAAAUGCCCAGCAGAAAACCUCACUCGCUUAGCUUUUAUGCCUAUCAUAUUAAGAUGAAGGGUUGCUUUCUAAAUAAAGGAACCGCAUGACCUAAAUUUUACUCUGAACUGGAAAGCAGCAUUUGCUGUUAUGCUAAAAAAUGUAGCAUUUCUUCAAAAUUUAGGUCAAGGUGAAGAGAUCGUCAGUCUUGUGCAUGGCAGGCAUCCGAUCAGGUAUGAUCUAGGUUAGUUUGCAGACUGAGAAUUUCACCAGUCAAAACAAAGAGACCUCAAAUUGAAGACAGUGUGUGCCACAGCCUCCAUUCCUGCACAGGUACUGAGGACAAAGAAGCAGAUGAAUGGAGCAGGGAUGGAGAACAAAAAAAAAAAAAAAAAGGCCAGUUCGUUUGCAAAGCCGAAAUCAUAUCACUAAUGAUCCAGUACCAGUUAUGUAAAGCUGCACUUUUGCAAGAUGGUGGUACAAUAUGAGACAUUUUGUACUAUUAAAACGAGCAGAAAUUAUUUAUUAUAAUUAUUUUGUCCUCAUAAGAUUAAGGUUUGUAUUUUUGAGUACAAUGAAGUAAAUUGUAAAUACAAUGUGAUUAAAUUGAAGUCUUUGUUUUAGAUUAUCAGAGAUGAGUUUUAGUGCCACCUUCUGGUUUUUUCUGUGCUUGAGACAUUUGGACUGGGAGGCUUGAAGAGUUGCAGACAUGCCAGAGCAGCAACAGCAAUGCAGUUAAACCUGGAGCAGAGUUCAAAGAAAUAUUACUGUUGUUUUGUUCAAAAUGUCCUGUAUUUUUUCUUUUACAUUAAAGUGUGGUUAUUUGUUCAUGCUACUCAUAUCUUUUUCUUAACGUUCCCCAUUUUCCAACAGCAUGCACAAAUGUAUAUUCCCACGCAAAACCUCCAUACAGUGUGCUUCUGAGUGUCCAAAAACUAAAAAAUUUUUUUUUAUUUUUUUCUAAAUAAACGCAUUUUCCUGACAUAAAUUGGUAUCGACUACAGUUGACUUUGUUGAUCAAAUCUCUUUCAUAUACUGUACAUAUGAUAAAUAUGCUGGACAGACAGAGUACAUCAUUUUAAGGUACUCAGGACCAGAGUGGCUUCGCUCAACACAGACCUGCA